CAUGCCUUUUUUUCUCAUUUUCUUUCACGCCUCAUCUUACAACCCUAAUCACACACAGAAACCCCAAAACAUAGCUUUUUUGCGUGUGUUAUAAAUCUCUGUUUUCUUAGUUAAGAGAGGCUCUUUGUCUAGUUUGUGUUCGAUUGAGUGGGUGGAGGUUUGAAUCGGAAGCAGGUCAUUAACUUGGACCACCUGGCGACAUCAACGAGAGAAAAGUGUUCGGCUUUGGUCCGGUCUUGUUACGUACCGUCAACGACUACUUGUUCUGACCACAUUAUUAAUAAACCGAACACAGAAGUCGAAGAUGGUCGUCUUGGCUACCGAGGAGGAGGAGGAAGACGGCGACGACUACAUCAGCCGCCUAAGAGACACGGCGGAAGAAGCUGCACCGCUGUCUCUAGCGAGCCUUGCCGUCUCAAAAGCAACCUCAAGAUCAAGACGGAGGCGGAGAAAGCCGUGGAGCAGAGGAAAGUAAGCUGGCCUGAUGCUCACGGCAAAGAUAUUGCUCAUGUUCAAGAGUUUGAGCUUAGCGCAUCGGAGGACGGAGAACAUGCAGGAUAUUCUAAAAGAAAAUAUUGCGGUGGUGUCUGUAUAAUCCAGUAACAUUAUUAUCCCAUUUUGAGUUUUGUGUUUGAAAUGUGUCUGAACUGUGUUGAUGAUUCAUUGAUACUAGUAGAAUUUUCGUAAAUUUA